AUGGGCGCUUACGCUCAGACCUAUUCCGCGACGUAUCUCCCGGGCAAUGCUCCCAAAACGACGGAGGAGGGGCAAAGCGGGACAAACCAGUGCGGUGGAGGCUCCUCUCAGACAUCCAACUGUCAGAAUGUUUAUGUCAACUCCAUUGACGACUUCUGUCUUUUCGCACCUCCUGAAACCGGGACCAUCGGAGAGACUGAGCGAAUUGAGGUCGCAUGGUGUAUCAAGAGUGGUUAUGGCACACGUUUGAUCCCCGAGGGCGCUAUCACAGGAGCUCACUUCGUCCAGACGCCAGACUACGUGCAGAUCACUGGUGUUGGUGACUUGACGAAACUCAAUAUCGCUGCCGGUGACGAGGGAGGCGAGCUUGACCCUCACGGAGCUGACGGCAAUGGCAACCCCAUUGGCGGUUUGAUCUUCUCCUCUGCGUUCGGCCAGCUGCAACAGAUCCACGAAUGGACGAACUUCAUGGCUGCCGAUGAAUUCUGUCUGCGCGCUUGCAAGGACGGACCUAAUGCUCCUGCCCUUUGCGAGCACAUCUAUGAUGUGAUGGGCUGUGCAUGGAACAUGCCCGGCGAUUACAGCAAUGACUCCUUCGACUCUUGCGAAGGUGAUACCGGAGAGCCCAUGGGUGUCUACGGCCAUUCAACCUUCCAUCAAGGAGACCCAUCCACCCCGGCCGCCCAUCCUGCUCCCUCUUCAUCCAACUGUGCCACUCUCACCGCACUCGGGAAUGGCGCGACCGCUUCAGGCGUUACCGCCGCCUCGACCUCGUCCGGGGUGAGUUCCACUAGCGUCGUUUCCUCCGCGUCCGCGUCCGCAUCCUCAACGGUCACUGCUUCCUCUAACUCCUCGCAGUCCUCUGCCUCAUCUACCGGCUCUCUGACAUCGAGUGCGUCGAGGAGUGUGGCGAGUGCAACGGGGACGGCGUCGGCAAGUGGGACGAACUCGGCGAAUGGCUCUGCGGCGUCGGACUCCACGAGUGGGGCCGUGUUUGGUGUUAGGAUGUCGGGUUCUGUCGUUGCUAUUGGGAUGGCAGCAAUUGGGGCUGCGUUGAUGAUCUGA